UGAGGCGGGUCAUUUCAUCUGGAUAAGCUCUGCCCACUGCUACGGCCAGCCCUCAUCCCCAUGGUCCUAUUGCACUGCUGCACGCUAGUACCGGAGGGUGAGGGCGCAAAUAUAUCUGCGGUCCGCUUCGCCGCGCCAAUACGCGUCGAUUUCCUGCGCAUCUAUCCCACGGGGACGCGUCCGUUCCCAGCCCAUUCUCCGAAUCUGAUCGCGUGCACGGAACCCAGUGCGUUCUCGCUCGACAUCCUGUUCAACGCCUUGCCGCGCACGCCGGAAGCCAAAGAGAAGCAGCGCGCGGCCAAUGCGCUGGUCCCGACGUCGCUCGCGUACGCCGGGGGCCUCGUCGACUUUUCCGUGGAUAUGGGGAUGGAGUACGCUACGCGUCUUAUGAUCGUCAAGGGCGCGUUCGAAAGUCUCACGCUGGCUCUCUAUGGAGAGAUUGCAUCGACUGAUAUGUCUGACGACUUGGUUCCCUACGACCCCCAACCUCUUCCCGAUCUUGUUCCCCUACCUCUCUCGUCGAGAGUCGACCCGGCGAACAUGGUCGAUCCAUGCACCGUUGCAAACCAACUGCUCUCCAUGAUCUCCGAGUGCCCUCUUCCACUGGUCGCGCGUCUCAUGUUCUGCUUGAAACCAUCGGACGAAGAUUGGGAUUCGCUCGAAUUCCCGCACCUCUACGCGGACCUCGACCUGGACAUGGUCGAUGACCUGGACGCUGUGCUGGACCGUAUGGCUAGGCCUAUCCGAGAUGGCUUGCCGAUGGACACUUUCAACGCUUUUGCCAUCCAAGUCAGCGGAAUGAUUGGUCCGAAGGUGGAACUCUUGUCUGCCAACCAAGCGUUCUCGAUCGCCAAGCUGCUCAGUAUCGCAGCUCCACAGGACUCUGGCCUGGUUCGCGCACUGUUGAAGCAUCUUGAGCUCGAAUCUAUCUUUGAUAUGGAGACCAUGAACGACCACUCGACACUUCAACGUCUCUGGGACGCGGUAGCCAACAUCGAAAUCACUCGGCAUCUGAACGUCGACUGGUUCCUCGAAGCCCUCGACCACAUACAACAAAACGGAAAUACCAAGAGAUACACCAGGGCGCUGGCUGGGAAAAUCCAACUCCGAAUGCAGCGUUGGAUUGCGUUUGAAGACGUCCUUCUCAAUCAGACAGGGGACCUGCGCGAGGCAGCAAAACUGCUUAGCGAUGUCAGUGAAGGGGAGCAGUCUAUGGCCAUUUGGCUCCAAAAUAUGCUCGAGCAUCCAAGCGUCGCACAUGCGCUGUCCCAGACGCCCCCGAAUGGCAGCCCGAGACUCAGCGCCGAGAUCGGCUCUCGGGAAGACCUGGUCAUGUGGACCCGGGCUUACAUGGGUGUGGGCAGUGUGCUAGCCGUGUGGGCAUGGGCGGACAGUCUCGGUAAGGAUGCCGCCGCUGAGCAGACACUCGCUACGAUCAAGCUCUGGCAAGACGUCGACGGGUACUCCCAAAUCGUCAAUCAGCUACUCCUACUGCGGCAGUUCCCAGGUCGUCUGGAAUGGGAGAUCUCGGACAGAGAGCCUCCGAGACAAUCAGGAAUCCUGGCGGAACAGAUCUUCGCGAGGCUGAUGGACGAGCCUGGCGCGAUAUUGCAUGACUCGCUCGUGGACACUGUCCUGAAGCUCGAGCAGCCGAUGAGCCACAUCUCGAAAGAGGAAUUGAUGACGAUGCGCCAUCUCGCCUUGCUGGUUGAUGGAGGUCUCCAGGCUGCUAUCAGAGAGCUUGUUGCGAAACCGUCUUUCCCCUGGCCCAUUGCCCGGCUACGCGUUAUCCGGCUGGCGCUUGUCAUCGUGAAACAGGAGCUGGAAGAUGGCGAUGACGGCGAGUGGCGCGUUCUGGAAGCGUUGUGGGCCGAAGAUGCUCAUGGCUUGGUUGGCCGUAUGGUCGAGCUAUACUUGGAUGUGACGGCAAAUCUGAGCUCGCACUUCACGCUUGCAGCAGCGCCUAUGGACCAAGCUCUCGUCAGCCAGCUCCUUUAUACCGCUGCAGACCUAGUCAGACUGAUCAUCGCGAAUCUGCCUGCGAUGACAAUCCCCGCCCGCGAGAUGAGGAUGCUGGUUUCUGGGAUUGCUGCCGUGUUCGCGUGUGCUGAAACCGCCGCGAAAACGCUCUCGCAAUGUGUGAAAGCGGCAGCGGAUGUGCGCCAGGCGUGCCUCGAGGCUAUCGACAAGCUUACUAUCGACGGGAUCGAGGCCGAGCCUCACCGUAAUGGCUCAGAAGUAGUCCUGCGCGAGCUUCUGGGGCAUGCUCACGCUGUUUUUGACAGCGGCCGAGAUCCUACCACCGAAAUGCGCCAACUUUUCGUUCUCAUCGACCGCGCACUUCCCAACUCGAACUGGACGAUGGUUCUUGUCGAGCUUGAAGCGUACUUCCCGCUGCUCGAUGCUGCGCACAAGAGCAAACUGUUUGCACGACUUGUCGAGUUGGACGGCGGAGAACUUGCCAUUGGGGAAUGGUUGCUGACGGGAGAGCUGAAGCAACUUCUGGUCUCGCUCGAGAGCGACGGUCGGGACCGUGUCAGAUUGCACUGGAUCUAUACCUGUCUCGACUUUCUGGCGACAAUCGCUCAUGGGAUGAGUGAGUGGAUGGCCGCUGCUGUGUCUUCCGACGACGAGCUGUCGAAGCUGCUUGCUCUGUGCCUGACUCAGAUGUUGGAUGCCCACCUCGUAUCCCCUGUGCUGAACCGCCUGAUCCGGUCCCUGACUGCUCGGGCCGCCCAGUUCCAGGACCCCGAACUCAAGUUUGCGAUUGUGCUGUGCAGUCUGCGCGCGUUCCAGCAUGAGCCCGCUGUGCUGCUGAGCGUGCUGCGAGAGCUUCCGUCGGAUCAACAUCAGCGCCAGCUGAUGCGACGCGAAAUCGGACUGACGCUGCUUGCGAUCUCUCGCGGCGACCCCAGUCCCAAGGCAGCGCAGACGACGUUGGAUGUCCUGACAUGGCUGACUGAGCAAGAUGACCCGAGUCUGCGGUUCUUGUCGAGCAUCUCGGCGUCGGCGCUGGUGCAGCUUUACGUCAAGCUCGCGCAGAAACUCGGCCCUUCGCCGCGCCUGAAUGCGAUCAAAUCGAAGGUGCAGGGGGACGAAGACGAGGCCAUGGUCGCGCAGCCCGUCGAGCUCCCCUCACAGCUCUCGCUCUCAUUGCGCGAGAUCGAGGAGCGUCUGAGGCCUGUCCCCGGCACGCCGAACCGCACGACGCCGACGCCGGAUAUCCUCGGGAUCACGUCGUCGCCGACCGGCCUGCUGCGCUCGCCGGCGGCUACGGGACUGACCAAGACGUAUGCCAACAAUGAUUUCCGACAGCUGCGACAGGCGGCAGGGUCUUUCCCGCGACUCAACACGAGCCGGCUGCCCAGUAUGCACGUCGAUGUAGGUACUCCCCGCGGUCCGACCUGAGCGUUGUUUUGCUGAUCGGUUCUUGUUUUAUCCUCUAUCUUAUACCAUCAAAAUUACAAUACUGGACCCCCGUGCGCGUGACGAAUGUUAGGAUUUUGAAAACGCGUCGUCGGCGUCCCCGACCACGGAGCCUUCCUCGAUCGCGGUCCCCG